AUGGGACAAGAACCACUUGAAGACAUUCAACACUUGAAACGUCGUGGAUUGAAGAAGUCGAAACCGGACGGUUUGUUCCCAUCGGCUACUUAUAUUGCUGGAGGAGGGAACCCCAAAAUGACGAUGUCUCCACUGACAAGUGAAAUCCAAUCGACUGUUCCAAGUGCUAGAACUACAAAUACGGACAACAGUCUUCUCUACGAACAAAUGGAAUUCAUCUCGACUAAUGGACGUUUCAAAAUGUGUAUUCAACCACUCGAAAAGAAGAAGAAAUCGGAUGAAUUUCCAAUUGUUCCGAAACAAUUGCAAUCGAGUACCCGACUGAAAAUUGAGUCACAAAAAAUCAAAUUCUCGGCUCAAAUCUCACUCGGAACUGAUAAUUUCAUCGAUUUGUCGGGUAUUUUCAAUGGAAGUUCGAUGAAGAAAAAUGAUGUGACUAAUCUGGUCAUCAAUGGACAAUCCUAUUCUACUUACUGA